AUGGCUAGCGCGUCUGCAGAAGGAAACGCCGCCGGAGCGGCGACCCCCGUCCCUGGAGGCAAUGAUGAUGAUCUACAAGAGCCUCCGGAUCCGUGGAGAGAUUACCUUGCCGACCGCCCAGCCGACAACGCACCACCAGGUUUCAGUCCGCCACGACGCAGGCGACCUUCGGCAGGCCGAGAUGAUCUACAAGCCUUUGAAGAGUUCCUGCGCCGACGUGGUGCUGCGGGGCGACCUGCCGGACGACGCCAAGGUGAUGACGAGGACGACGGCGAGGACGAGGCAGGAGGCACCCGGUCGAAUGCCGGCCCGCCACCGCAGUGGGACGGGACGACACCCUUCCGGGACUACGAGAUCCGGGCGCGGCUUUGGCUAGCGACCACCAAGGUGAAGGCGAAGGCCAGGGGCCCAUCACUUCUUCGGAGCUUGUCAGGAACCCCCUUCGACGACCUCAAGCAUUUGGCGAAGGACGAGGCAUGGAUGCAGAGCGAAGACAAUGGAGCCAAGCUGAUUCAGAUGAUGAAUACGAAGGAGUUGUAUGGAGAGGACGAACGUGAGGAGUACCUGGGCUUCUUGUUGGUCAUGGCGCUCCAGGUGACGCCCGAGGAGGUGAAGCUCAUGAUGAACUACACCCAGGGCAAGUUGACCCAGAAGGCCCCCAAGAGAGUGGAGUCGGUCAUGAUGAUGGACGAGACCACCGAGGCCUGGGGCGACACGCUCGAGGAGGAGCCCGCCGACAGCGAGAGCAUGGAGAUCCUUCUCAGUGCCCUGGGCGACUUGGACGAAGUGGCCGAUGACACGUCGGUGUCUACCUCGGAGGUGUUCGACGAGGAAGAGGCCAAGGAAGUCCUGGCUACCAUGGUCCGAGAGCACAGCAAGGGCGGCCCCAGGCGAUCCUUCAAGGCG